GCCGCUGCUGCCGCUGCUGCCGCCGCCGCCGCCUCCAUUGUCCGGGCCGGGCCGGGCUGGGCCCAUGGGCCCCGCCGCCACGAGAGCGCCAAGCCACAGCCGGCCGGGGGCCUGAGCCGUGCUCGAGCCGAGAGGCGCCAUGGGGGUGGACUUCGACGUGAAGACGUUCUGCCACAACCUGCGGGCCACCAAGCCGCCGUACGAGUGUCCUGUGGACACCUGCCGCAAAAUCUACAAGAGCUACAGUGGCAUUGAGUACCACCUGUACCACUAUGACCACGACAACCCGCCCCCUCCGCAGAGCACCCCUCUGCGCAAGCACAAGAAGAAGGGCCGGCACGGCCGGGCUACCAACAAGCAAUCGCCCAGCCCUUCCGAGACCUCGCAGUCCCCGGGCCGCGAGGUCAUGACCUAUGCGCAGGCCCAGCGCAUGGUGGAGGUGGACCUGCACGGCCGCGUGCACCGGAUCAGCAUCUUUGACAAUUUAGACGUGGUGUCGGAGGACGACGAGGCGCCCGAGGAGGCGCCCGAGAACAACAGCAACAAAGAGAACACGGAAACCCCGUCGGUGGCCCCCAAAGCCGGCAAGCACAAGAACAAGGAGAAACGCAAGGACUCCAAUCACCACCACCACCAUCACCACAGUGCCUCGGCUGGCAACACGCCCAAGCUUCCGGAGGCCGUGUACCGGGAGCUGGAUCAGGACACGCCUGACGCCCCGCCCCGCCCCUCCUCCUAUUACAGAUACAUUGAGAAGUCGGCGGAAGAGCUGGACGAAGAGGUUGAGUAUGACAUGGACGAGGAAGAUUAUAUCUGGCUGGACAUUAUGAACGAGCGCCGGAAGACGGAAGGCGUCAGCCCCAUCCCCCAGGAGAUCUUUGAGUACCUGAUGGACCGGCUGGAGAAGGAGUCCUACUUCGAGAGCCACAACAAGGGCGACCCCAACGCCUUGGUGGACGAGGACGCCGUCUGCUGCAUCUGCAACGACGGGGAGUGCCAGAACAGCAACGUCAUCCUCUUUUGCGACAUGUGCAACCUGGCCGUGCACCAGGAGUGCUACGGCGUCCCGUACAUCCCCGAGGGCCAGUGGCUGUGCCGCCGCUGCCUGCAGUCGCCCUCCCGGGCCGUGGACUGCGCCUUGUGCCCGAACAAAGGGGGCGCUUUCAAACAGACGGACGACGGGCGCUGGGCCCACGUGGUGUGCGCCCUCUGGAUCCCGGAGGUGUGCUUCGCCAACACCGUGUUCCUGGAGCCCAUCGACAGCAUAGAGCACAUCCCGCCGGCCCGCUGGAAGCUGACCUGCUACAUCUGCAAGCAGCGGGGCUCCGGGGCCUGCAUCCAGUGCCACAAGGCCAACUGCUACACGGCCUUCCACGUCACCUGCGCGCAGCAGGCCGGGCUCUACAUGAAAAUGGAGCCCGUCCGGGAGACGGGGGCCAACGGCACCUCCUUCAGCGUCCGCAAGACGGCCUACUGCGACAUCCACACGCCGCCGGGCUCCAUGCGGCGCCUGCCCGCCCUGUCGCACAGCGAAGGGGAGGAGGAGGAGGAGGAGGAGGAGGAGGACGGGAAAGGCUGGAGCUCGGAGAAGGUGAAGAAGGCCAAGGCCAAGUCCCGGAUCAAGAUGAAGAAGGCCAGGAAGAUCCUCGCUGAGAAGAGAGCGGCUGCGCCAGUCGUCUCCGUCCCCUGCAUUCCUCCCCACAGGCUCAGUAAGAUCACCAACUGCUUGACUCUCCAGAGGAAGAGCCAGUUCAUGCAGAGGCUGCACAGCUACUGGACCCUGAAGAGGCAGUCCCGCAACGGGGUGCCCUUGCUGCGCCGCCUCCAGACUCACCUGCAGUCGCAUCGGAACUGUGAGCCGGGCCGGCUGGCUUCUCCUCCGCCUGUGUCCAAGGCCGAGCAGACUCUGAUGUUCCUGCAGCGAGAUAACACAGAGGAUAAGAACUGGGCCUUGAAAGAGCAGCUGAAAUCCUGGCAGCGCCUCCGCCACGACCUGGAACGAGCGCGCUUGCUGGUGGAGUUAAUUCGCAAGCGGGAGAAGCUCAAGAGAGAGACGAUUAAAAUCCAGCAGGUGGCGCUAGAGGUGCAGCUGACCCCAUUCCUCAUCCUCCUGCGCCGGACGCUGGAGCAGCUCCAGGAGAAGGACACGGGCAACAUCUUCAGCCAGCCGGUCCCGCUGUCUGAGGUAACAGAACUCUACGAAGUCCCCGACUACCUGGACCACAUCAAGAAGCCGAUGGACUUUUACACCAUGAAGCAAAAGCUGGAGGCCUAUCGCUACCUGAACCUUGAUGAGUUCGAGGAGGAUUUCAACCUGAUUGUCAGCAACUGCUUGAAAUACAAUGCCAAAGACACCAUCUUCUACCGGGCAGCCGUCCGGUUGCGGGAGCAAGGGGGUGCCGUGCUGCGGCAGGCACGCCGGCAAGCUGAGAAAAUGGGCAUUGACUUUGAGACGGGCAUGCACUUCCCCAUGGCCGGAGAUGAGGCACCUCUGCGAAGCACUGAGAAUGAUGAGGAGCGGCUGCUGCUGUCCGAGAACCAGAAGCACCUGCCCCUGGAAGACCAGCUGAGCCUCCUGCUGGAGCGUCUGGCCGAGGUGAGCGCCGGGAAGCAGAGCGUAGGCCGCUGUCGGCGGGCCAAGAUGAUCAAGAAGGAGAUCACGGCCUUGCGGCGCAAACUGGCACACCAGCGGGAGACGGGGAGGGAUGGGCACGGCCCCUUGGCCCGCAUCAUUCUGCCGACCCAUAACCCGUGCGAGAAGGACACUCAAACCGACAGUGCGGCUGAGGAGAGCAGCAGCCAGGAAACCGGCAAAGGCCUUGGGCCCAACUCCUCCUCCACCCCAGCCCAUGAAGUUGGCAGGAGAACAUCAGUGCUAUUCUCCAAGAAGAACCCCAAAACGGCUGGGCCCCCAAAGCGUCCUGGACGCCCGCCGAAGAAUCGCGACAGCCAGCUGGCUCCCGGUCAUGGGAACAGCCCUGUGGGGCCCCCUCAGCUGCCCAUCAUGGGGUCCCAGCGGCAGCGCAAAAGGGUGAGGAGCCCACGGCCCAGCACCAGCUCAGACAGCGACAGCGACAAAUCGGCAGAGGACGCGCCUCUCGACCUGCCAGCCAAUGGCUUCAGCAGCGGUAAUCAGCCAGUCAAGAAGAGCUUCCUAGUUUAUCGCAGUGACUACAACCUCCCACGCAGCAGCUCCGAUUCGGAGUCGAGCAGCACCAGCAGCAGCAGCGCUGCUUCAGAUCGCACCAGCACUACUCCCUCCAAACAAGGCAGAGGGAAGCCCUCUUUCUCCCGUGUGAAUUUCCCAGAGGACAGCAGCGAAGACACGUCGGGAACAGAAAACGAGUCUUAUUCAGUGGGAACUGGCCGAGGAGUGGGCCAUGGCAUGGUGCGGAAGAGCAUUAGCCGAUCGGCUGGCUGGCUUUCCGAAGACGAGGACUCCCCUCUGGAUGCCCUGGAUCUGGUGUGGGCCAAGUGCCGCGGUUACCCAUCUUAUCCAGCACUGAUCAUUGACCCGAAGAUGCCACGGGAAGGGAUGUUCCACCACGGUGUCCCCAUCCCUGUGCCCCCCUUGGAAGUGCUGAAGCUGGGAGAACAGAUGACUCAGGAAGCACGGGAGCAUCUCUACUUGGUCCUCUUCUUUGACAACAAACGAACCUGGCAGUGGUUGCCCCGCACCAAACUCGUACCCCUGGGUGUGAACCAGGACCUGGACAAGGAGAAGAUGCUAGAAGGGCGCAAGUCCAACAUCCGCAAGUCUGUCCAGAUCGCCUACCACCGUGCCAUGCAGCACCGCAACAAGGUGCAAGGCGAGCAGAGCAGCGACUCCAGCGAGAGCGACUGACCCUCAGAGGAGCUCCCGCCCUGGGCGCUCGCUCAGUGCAGCUGGACUGUACGGGAGAGGGGAGCGGGGAGCUCCGGCCUUGAGAAGCCCGAGCCCUUGGCCAGCCUGCGGGAGCCUAUGUAGAGCACCCAGCGGCCCCUCCAGUGUGCUGGGCACACCCACAGAGCACUGUGCCCUCCAUGUGGGCAAGCCUACCUCUUGUGCCAGCCUGCCCUUCCUUGUUCCAUGCCUGGAAUUGCCCUGACCAGCUGCGUGAGCAAUACCCAGCUGCCUGUAUAGCUCCCAAGGACAAUACCCCACCCCCUGGGUCCUGAGGCUCUAGGCCUUUGUAAAAUACUGUACAAUAGUGGGAGAAUGUAAAUUAUUUGGGCUGCUCCAUAUACUUACACACACACACACACAAACGGACCCUGGCCCCAUGCUUCCCUGCAUCAUAGGACCUGUCCAGAAACAUCAGCCUUUCCUCGGCCCAGCCCUACCGACACUCUGCAGAGCAGGGCCGCUGUCUUCUCACUCGCACAUUUUGAUACUAUAGCUUUUUGGAACCCGGCUCUGCCUGACCCCCACCCUGUAGGAACCCGGCUCUUCUUUCUGCUGCAGCUGGGUUGGCAUUUGUACUUGUAUUUAUUUUGGAGGAAGAAGAUCUCUAUCGAUUCUUAGAAAAUAAAAUGGCUCUUUUGGAA